AUUGAGGAGAGACACACAGACGGACAGACAGACGCAGGGCGGGAACCAUAACUGACUAAGCUGUUGAACGUGUUGUCUGCUGUUUCCAGCUGCACUCAGAGGCAAAAUGGCUUCCAGAUCAGAGGAGGAUUUCUGCUGUCCGGUCUGUCAUGUGGUCUUUAGAGAUCCUGUUCUUCUGUCAUGCAGCCACAGCUUCUGUAAAGACUGUCUGAGCAGCUGGUGGAAGGAAAAACCAACACAUGAGUGUCCAGUUUGUAAGAGAAGAUCUUCGAAGGAUGAACCACCUUUAAACCGGGCUUUAAAGAACCUGUGUGAGAGUUUCUUACAGGAGAGAGAUCAGAGAUCUUCAGAGGCUCUCUGCAGUCUGCACUCUGAGAAACUCAAACUCUUCUGUCUGGACCAUCAGCAGCCAGUGUGUCUUGUCUGCAGAGAUUCAAAAAAACACACCAACCACAGAUUCAGACCCAUCGAUGAAGCUGCUCAGGAUCACAAAGAGGAGCUCCAGAAAUCUCUGAAGCCUUUAAAGGAGAAGUUAAAGGUUUGUGAAGAAGUUAAAGUGAAGUUUGAUCAAACAGCAGAACACAUGAAGGUCCAGGCCCGAUGCACAGAGAAGCUGAUUAAAGAGCAGUUUAAGAAGCUUCACCAGUUUCUAGAAGAGGAAGAGGAGGCCAGGCUGGCUGCACUGAGGGAGGAAGAGGAGCAGAAGAGUCAGAUGAUGAAGGAGAAGAUGGAGGCUCUGAGCAGAGAGAUAGAAGCUCUUUCAGACACAGUCAGAGCCACAGAGGAGGAGCUGAGAGCUGAAGACGUAUCAUUCCUCAACAACUACAAGGCUGCAGUGGAAAGAGUCCAGCAGCGCCCCCUGCUGGAGGAUCCACAGCUGCCCUCAGGAGCUCUGAUAGACGAGGCCAAACACUUGGGCAACCUGACCUUCAACAUCUGGAACAAGAUGAAGGACAUGGUCUCCUACAGUCCUGUGACUCUGGACCCAAACACUGCUCAUCCAGUACUCAUCCUGUCUGAAGAUCUGACCAGUGUGAGAGGAGGAGAGAAACAGCAGCUUCCUGACAAUCCAGAGAGGUUUGAUUAUUCCUGGUCUGUUCUGGGCUCUGAGGGCUUUAACUCAGGGACUCACAGCUGGGAUGUUGAGGUUGGAGACAGUACACGCUGGUUUCUGGGUGUGUUGGCAGAGUCGGUCCAGAGGAAGGGAAUCAUACUGUCUGGAUUAUGGGGAAUAGGGUUCUCUAGAGGUAAAUGCUCAGCACUAUCACCACCAGCUUCAUUCACUGUUCUCGUAUUUCAGAAGAAGCUCCAGAGGAUCAGAGUGAAUCUGGACUGGAACAGAGGAAAGCUGUCGUUCUCUGAUCCUGAUACUAACACACACAUACACACCUUCACACACACUUUCACUGAGAGGAUGUUUCCAUACAUUGACACUCUGUAUAAAGUAAAGAUAUUACCAGUGAAGGUCAGUGUGACAGUGGAACAGAGCAGUUAGAGAUAAAGAGGAUGAUUAUAUUCAUCAUGUUUGUUUCUCUUUCACCCAUUUUAUUUUAUUUUGAUUUAAUUUGAAGAUCUGCUUUUUGUUUCUAUUGUGGACCUUUUACCAUGUGAAAUUAUUUCACUUAGUUUCUGAUCUUUAUGUUUGUUUUUUCUUUUUAUUCAUUUUUAUGUAAAAAAUGUUUAAAUGAUCCAAAAGUGGAGAUGAUUCAGUUUGUAUCAGUAUUUUCAUUCAGUCCUUCUAUUUAAGGUGGACGUUUCGUGUUUAAGGUGGAAUUAACAUUGAAGCUGAAUGGACAAUUUUUCAACAACAUAAUGAAAUACUGUCUGUAAUUUGUUGUCCGUUACUUCCUGAUAAUGAACAUGUUACAGAUUAUUGAUUUAGAUAGAUUUUUUAUCCCGAGGGAAAUUCAAGACAGUUCUGAUAUUGUUCACACUGGUAAUCAUAAUCAAUAAUCAAUAUUAGAACAGCUUUAUAGUGCUGGAGCCGCUCCAGGUGGAUCUACUUUAUAUACAGUGAGCUAGUUUAGCCCUCAGGUUCCCAACAUAGGGGUCUGGGCCCUCCAGAGGGUCAGAUAAAUGUGUUCUUCUCUCUGCACUUUAAUCUUUGAUUAUUGGAGGAAUAUUGAUGGUUUGAUCGGUUAUAGAGAGGAGUGCUGCUGAACCCGCCCUCCGGUCUUCUUCUGGUGAUGCGUUCAGUGACACAAACAAACAGCUGAUAAAUGGGAGGACGACCAAGAAAAAGAAAAAACAGUUUAUUAAAAUGUGAAUUUAAAGAAAAGUUGUGACAAACCAAAUGAACAGUUUGAGUUUUUCUUUCUUCCUCAGAAACACUGAACACGAUUAAAUAUAUUUAUUCUGAAUACAAACUUUAUAUUUAAUCUGUUUCUGUGUGAAGGAGAAAAGAUGAAAACAUAAAACAGCUUCUUCUGAAGACAAACAAAAGUAUCUGGAUGACCUUGAACACAUCACAGACUUCCCACCAACUUAAAGGAAUCUUUGUCGUCUGGUUUUGUCCUCCUGUCCGUACGUCUGACAGCGUUUCACUCUGCAGCUUCACCUCUCUCACAGGAAGCUGCGGAGCCAGAACCAGGUUCCAGUCCUGGUGGUCCGGACGAGGAAGAGGGGGGGUCAGUGACUCUUCUUGGACGAGCCGAAGCCUGAGAAACUCAUCACCGCCGCCAUCUCAGCGUCCUCCUCAAAGUCCACGUCCUCCUCCGCCCAACGCUUCCGCUCCUUCUGCUUCUCCUUCUUGUAGGCCUUCGUGGCAGGCAGGCAGGCAGGCAGGCAGCCAGGCAGGCUAAUUAACAUAUAUAUUAAAUAACAUAUUAAUUAACAUAUAUAUUAAAUAAUAUAACACUAAGGACAGGCUGAGACAGACGUCUGUUAGAGACACUGCUGACCGUCAUUGACACAUAUUACUCAUUAAGAUCAGGUCCACGUUUAAAAUCUCUUUCUGGGAGCAUCACCAUUUACUGUCCAGCAGGGGGCGUGUCCUCUUCCUCCUCUCCCUCCUCACCUCCUCCCUCAGCUCCUUCAUUCGCUCCUCAAAGUCGUACUCCUUCUGCUUCUCCUCCAUCUUCUUCUUGUUCACCUCAAAACGUUUCUUCACCUGAUCCAGAGACGAGCGCCCCACCCACAUCGACAUCCCAAGAUUCCUCUGGUCUGCACGCACACACAUUAUUAUUGUUGUUGUUGUUGUUAUUGUUUAUUACUAGGAUCAUUGUUGUUGAUGUGAUCCAGGAAGUUGAAGGAGUCUUUGACUACACAGUCACAGACGUUACAGUAGUACCUGAGAGAGAGCGACAGCCAAUCAGAGCGAGGCAACAGGCCGCAGCGGGAGGGACCUUUAUCAAUUAUUGAUCUCUGAUCAAACAGCUGAUCAAGGAGAGCUGUUUUUGGAGGGAAAAUCUUCAUGUGUCCUACCGUUUAUAAAGACUGGUGCAGAAUAUAUUAAAUAUAAUAUUUAUAUAAAGUAAUUAUAGGAAGCAGAAACUGGGUUCAGUGGAAGAAGAUCUGGUUCUGACUUCACUCUUAUUUAAUUCAAGUUGAUUUAAUAAAAAACACAGACUGCGAACACAAAAUACCAAGUAAAAGUAUAUCUCUGCAGAUACAGCGUCUGAUUCAUGGUUUUGUUCUUCGUAACGUGAAGUUCAAUCUCUAUCUGACGUUGUUGUUUUUGUCUUUGCAGGGAACGAAACAGAAGUGGCCUUUUUCAAGAAAGAAGACUACGGUCUCUUUAAAGCUAAUCCUAAAACUGCCUGGUGACCAGAGUGUUUUACAGCAGAGGAGGUUCUUAAAGGACUGAGGUCAAAGGUCAAUUCCUGUUUGUACAGGAGAGUUUUAGGUUGUUGUUUUUAAAUUCAUUCAUUCACCACUCUGCCUUUUUAUUUCUCUUUCACAUUAUUAUUUUCCUGCUGGUGAUCGUGACCAUAGACGUUAGUGUUCUUUUAAAUUAUGCCGAUUAAAGACUUUGAUUUUUUGUAUGAAGAUGAAUUUCUGUAAAAUAAAGUUAAUUUAACUUGAUGUGAACUGUUGCUUAUGGACACAUUUAUGUUGCAGUUUGAGGAGAAUCAGUUAUUACCUGUAAUGAGACAUUUAUUCAGACGUAUAUACAAAUAGUCUGUUUGGAACAAUAAUGUGUGUCUGAUAUUAUUUUUCUGCCAAAAUAAAUCUCUAAUUUCACAUUAAAAUCUUUAAAAAGUU